CAUAAUUUUUGUGCUACCAAACACCAGAAUUGGAAUUGAAGUCCCCAAUUCCAAUUCCAUAGUUUGAAUUCCAUGUACCAAACGGGACCUUAGUGUGUGAUUAAGACUAACAAUUAUUAUCUUAAGGGUUGUAAAAUUGAAAAUUGUUAUCUUAGAUAUACUGCAGGCCAACAUUUGCAUACUUUGAGGGGAGAAUGAAAAUGAAAUCGCCAGAGGAAAGCAGCAAAGGCAAAUCCCACAGGCUGCGCGAGUGCCUGAUCCGCCUGUCUUUUACCUCGCUUUACAUGGGCAUUGUGACACUAAUCGCGGCGGCAAUUCCAUUUUUUGGGGAUUUUGUAGCCAUAUGCGGAGCCAUAGGCUUCGCCCCCUUAGAUUUUGUGUUCCCUGCGUUGGCACAUCUGAGAGCCGGUAGGAGUUGCCGGAACACAAAGCUCCGGCAGCUUGUGAAGGUCCUGAAUGUAGCAAUCGCCGUCUGCUUCUCGGCUGUGGCGGUUUUGGGAUGCGUUGGUGCGAUCAGGUUUAUCAUUUCAGAUGCCAGAACCUACUCGUUCUUCCAUGAUAUGUAGAAUGGGAACACAUAAAAAAACAAAAAAGUCAUUUCUUUGUUUCUUUCAAUCAAACUGCUGUAUUUAAAAUGUUUCUAAGCGUUCCCAAUCAUUUGACACACUUGUUCUAUUAUACAUCCGGUUGUUCUGGUACAACGGGCAAAUUGUGAUCCAGAGGUGAAGCGCCCGAUGAAAGAGGGAGCAACCCUGGGCGAUCACGGAUUCACAGGGAGACCGUUGGCACAGAGGGAGCAGUGCUGGGCGGAAAUUCAGAUCUGUUUUGUACCUUAGGAGAGGCAGGCUUGGACAACAGUAGGCUUGGGCGGCGAGGAGAAUUGACGGACGAUGAUAUAGAUUAGACCGUAAUGACGAUCGAGAACACCGAUGAUGCAGCUGUUGCUGAGCAAACCCCCGACGGUAGAAUGAGGACGGUAGAAUGAACAUAAGGUUGCUUCACAAGGAACACUCCUUGUUUUUAAUAAUGAACGUUUCGUUAUUUCAGAAUGAACAUUACGCUCAGCAAACUCGGAACGAAUAAUAUGUUGUUUAGAAUGAAAACUAAGUUCUUUC